UAAAGCCUUAUGUUCUAGGCGCAUUGUUACCGUCCCCCUCCUCCUCGCUUCCAUCCUGUUAAUCCUCCAGCAGCAGCAGCAGCGCAGUCAGGGAGGAGGCCACACAGAUUCGGCGUUAGCUUACUUGGAGAACAUUCAGUAGCUUUUACACCAACUACUAGCAAUGGCAGCAAUCAGGAAAAAGCUGGUCAUAGUGGGAGAUGGAGCCUGUGGAAAGACCUGUCUGCUCAUUGUGUUCAGCAAAGACCAGUUUCCUGAGGUCUAUGUUCCCACAGUGUUUGAGAACUACGUUGCAGACAUUGAAGUUGAUAGUAAACAGGUUGAGUUGGCUCUCUGGGAUACGGCAGGCCAAGAAGAUUACGACAGACUGCGUCCACUGUCUUAUCCAGACACUGAUGUCAUUCUCAUGUGCUUCUCCAUUGACAGUCCUGACAGUCUUGAGAAUAUCCCUGAGAAGUGGACACCUGAGGUGAAACACUUCUGCCCAAAUGUUCCCAUAAUACUGGUGGGAAAUAAAAAAGACCUGCGUAACGAUGAGCACACCCGGAGGGAGCUCGCCAAAAUGAAGCAGGAACCAGUAAAGCCAGAGGAUGGACGGGACAUGGCUAACAGGAUUGGUGCCUUCGGAUACAUGGAGUGCUCAGCAAAAACAAAGGAUGGCGUGAGAGAAGUGUUCGAGAUGGCCACCAGGGCUGCACUACAAGCCCGGCGGGGGAAGAAGAGCAAUAAAUGCGUCCUACUGUAAAUGGGGGCAUGAGGACUGCUUCCAACAGGGGAAAGAAGGAGCAUUAGGUCAAACCUACCCCCAACCACACCCACAAAAAAGACUGUUCUCCCCAGUUUUUACUAAAGGUGUAUUGCUUUUACUUUUUUGUCUUAAGCAAAAGUAGUCAGGUUCUGUCAGUAUUCAAUUUUGGGGUUAUGUAAAUGCAUUUUUAUACUUUUAACAUGAGUAAAUUUGCCAUAAAGAAGCAACCUUUAACAACAUGUACUAUGUCAGCCAGGGGACCUCUUGCCUGACCUGCCAACCACAGUUAAGUGCUUAAUCCCUGCCUGCUGAUCUGAGGAAUGUUUUCAUGGCCAGGGUGUAGUACCUGUACACUGUGACCCCAUAGUCCUUUUAAUUAUAUUGACAAACUGAAGCACACAUGAAGUCAAAAUUUGUUUGUGUGUUUCAUAAACAAAUCCUCUGUGCAUUAUUACAUGCACAACGAGACUGGAAUCUCAUUUUGUUAAAACACAAAUGGAAACGUAGUGUUUUGUGUAAUAAAUUACUUUCUAAGAAUCUUGACAA